AUGGAUGCCCAUGAUAAUGAGGCGUUAAACUGUCGCCGGUAUUUUGUAUUUGAACAUCUUCUUCAUAAGAACCAGUUAUGCGAGAGUCGUUUCAAGCUUAUGAAACAUCCAACAUCUAAAAUGGAUAACACAUCGGUUCCAACCUAUCACGUGGUCAUGGAUGUUGACUGCACCAGUCCCCCAAUAACGGUUGAUCCUGAAAAGGAUCCGUAUGUGAACAUAAAACAAAGGUUAUAUAGGACUUCCUCAUUCUAUAAAGACUUCAAACAACCGGAUAGUGAACCUUCAUCAGUCAUGCAGCAGUGCAAAGAGGAGGUAUCUAGUAUGUGUGCGUGCACCAAAGAGAGGCGAAAAAAAUUUCUUUAUAAACUCUUCCCUUUCAUCAAGAUGUACCAAAAAUAUAAUUGGAAAUUAGAUCUACCGAGUGAUAUCAUCGCUGGUUUCACCGUCGGCAUCAUGCAGCUCCCCCAAAGUAUGGCCUACUCUAUGUUGGCGGACUUGCCCCCUGUCGUGGGCCUCUACAUGUCUUUCUUUCCUGUCAUCGUCUAUUUCUUCUUCGGAACAUCGAAACAUAUAUCAAUGGGAACGGUUGCUGUUGUCAGUUUGAUGACUGGGUCAGUUUUGGCUAGACUUGGACCCCAAUAUACGGAGGAGGUACCGGGAGGAUGGUCAGUUAAUGGAACAGAAACGUUCUUCGGCAACAUAAGCACGAAUAUGUCAACGACGACACCCGGUGCACCCCCAGAACACUUGUUGUCUAGACACGAUAUAGACAUGCAGAAGAUAGCUAUAGUGUCCUCAUUUAGUAUCCUGGUUGGGAUCAUACAGGUGAUAUUUGGGGCAUGUCGACUGGGCUUCGUUACAACCUACAUGUCUGACCCUCUUGUGAGUGGGUUCACCACUGGGGCGGCCGUGCACGUCUUCACUAGUCAAGUCAAGUACAUCUUUGGAUUGGACAUUCCACGAUUUGGAAAUCUGUUCCAGAUUGUAUACACAUAUAAAGCCAUAUUUAGCAGUAUCCACGAGACACAGCUGGCAACCAUUGUAACGUCUGCAGUGUGUAUAGUGGUGAUUUAUCUAGUCAAAGUUCAGAUCAACCAAAGAUUCAAGGAUAAACUCAAGAUACCCCUGCCAAUUGAGUUAAUUGUGGUAAUUGCCGGUACGCUUGUUUCACAUUUUCUCAAAUUCAAGGUCAAAUACGAAAUGAAAGUAGUCGGAGAGAUCCCUGCCGGUUUGCCAGACCCAAUGCUGCCCACGUUUACCAAAAUGGGGGAUUAUUUCAGCGAUGCCAUCAUUGUAGCAGUAGUAGCGUUCGCCCAGUCUGUAUCACUGGCAGCUCUAAUGGCUAAAAAACACGGUUAUAUAAUAGACUCUAAUCAGGAGUUUAUAGCGUACGGUUUUGGUAAUAUCUUUGGUUCCUUUUUCUCCUGUUACCCAUUCGCCGCCUCUGUUUCACGUAGUUCUGUGCAAGAUUCGGCAGGAGGAAAAUCUCAGAUAACGAGUUUGUUUUCGGCUGCUCUCGUUCUCGUUGUCAUCCUUAUCAUCGGACCUCUGUUUGAAUCUCUGCCUAACUGUGUAUUGUCUUCAAUCAUCGUCGUUGCCUUAAGGAGCAUGUUCCUACAGGUCUUUGAACUCAAGAAGCUUUGGAAAGUUUCUGGAUUCGAUUGUAUGAUCUGGAUUGUGACAUUCCUGGCUGUGGUCAUCCUUUAUGUGGACUUAGGACUUUGGAUUGGGCUUGUCUUCUCAUUCUUCACUGUUGUACUGCGUACACAAAGGGCCAAAGCCGUCACACUUCAACGGAUAUCAGAUGUAGACAUAUAUGCUGAUGAUAAGAAAUAUAUGAAGACACGGCACAACCCUGGAGUUCGAGUCAUCUCCUUCAACUCCCCACUCUACUACGCCAACGGAGAUAUAUUCCUCCGCCAGGUUUUCACAAUUUCUGGUAUGAAACCACAGAGAGUUCGAAAAGAAAUAAAACGAUUUGGUUCUGUUGCGGAAUUUAGAAGACAUAGCAGUCGUAUACAAAUGACCAGCAACAACAUCGUAUCUGACCAGCCAUAUGACGGGAUGGCCAACGGCAAUGGCACUAACGACAAAGAUAAAAACGGUAACCCGGGAGCCUUGGUACAUCACAUCGUCCUAGACUUUUCUUCUGUAUGCUUUGUGGAUUCAGUCGGGUGUAAAGUUCUUAACCAGCUCUUCAAUGAUUAUAGGACCAUAGGUGUCAAAGUAUUCCUAGCUUGUGUCAGCGAUGAUGUAUGGUCGGUGUUAAAAACGACGGGGUUCCUGGAGAAGUACGAGAAAAACGUAUAUAUGUCUGUUAACGACGCCGUCAUUGUAGCUAUUGCAGAAGGGGAAACUUUUAGCGAGGAGGAAGCUGAAUCGGAUAGUGCUGUUGAAGAAAUCGACUCGAAACCAGAAGACAGGUUACUUGCUGGUCAGCCGAGAUAG